AUGAAAUCUCGACAAUUAGUAGUCGUCCUCGAGGAUGCCACCAUUAUAAACACACAGAGCGGGCUCCUCAAGGUCCUUAUUAGAACGGAAGACAACACACUGGUCGAUGUUUCACCACACUUACGCGUUCCUAGGACUUCGAAACAGUUCGACAGCUUGCUCGUCCACCUUAUGUUUAAGCGACAGGUCAAGUCACAGGAGAGGGACAAUGUGCUCAUGCGUGUGAUAAAGAACAACAUAGAGGUUGCUCUGCCUCCGGGAUCGCGGAGGUUCGGGAUGUCAGUGGGAGGCAGGCCUGUGAGUCUCAAGGAGUUCUGCCACCAGUUCAAGCAAGUAGACUACCCUGUCGUCUUCCACGUUGGAGCUGUAUCGCAUUCACAGCCCAAAGGCACGGUCACCCACGUGGAAGAAGUGUUGUCCAUAUCCAACCAUGGGCUGACAGCUGCGCAUGUAUGCGCUAAAUUAUGCAGUGAAUUCGAACUGUUGAUGCAGGUAACCUAA